UGACACUACUCCUUCUUUCUCUCUCUACAUUUGAAUUCAAUCGACCCGCCGCUCUUUCUCUCUCUAAAUUCGCAAUGAGCAAAAGAGCUAAUAAGAGGAAAGCGAAGCAAGACGAACAGCCCAAACAACGCAAGAAGCGAUCCACAACAAUUAAACCUGCCGAGCACGAAGAGUACUUCGAGGAUCAGCGCAACUUGGAAGACUUAUGGAGGGAAACAUUCCCUGUCGGAACAGAGUGGGAUCAAUUGGAUUCUGUGUAUCAAUACAAGUGGAAUUUCUCUAACCUGGAAAAUGCGUUUGAAGAGGGUGGUGUACUUCAUGGGAAAAAGGUUUAUCUCUUUGGUUGCACCGAGCCUCAACUGGUCUGGUUCAAAGAUGAAAGCAAAGUUGUCUGCAUACCUGUUGUUGUAGCUGUUGUAUCACCUUUCCCACCGUCUGAUAAAAUUGGGAUUAACUCAGUUCAGAGAGAGUUCGAAGAGAUAAUUCCCAUGAAACAAAUGAAAAUGGACUGGAUUCCAUAUAUCCCCCUUGAGGACCGAGAAAGCCGAGUUGAUAGAUUAAAGUCUCAAAUAUUUAUCUUAAGUUGCACCCAAAGAAGGGCUGCAUUGAAACAUCUGAAGUUGGAUCGUGUAAAGAAAUACGAGUAUUGCUUGCCUUACUUCUACCAUCCGUUUAAGGAAGAUGAACUUGAACAGAGCACUGAAGUUCAAAUAAUAUUUCCAGCAGAGCCAAAGCCGGUUUUCUGUGAAUUUGAUUGGGAAUUAGAUGAGCUUGAGGAGUUCACUGAUAAGCUCAUAGAGGAGGAGGAGUUAUUGGAAGAUCAAAAAGAUACCUUUAAGGAAUUUGUCAAAGAAAAAGUACGGGAAGCAAAGAAAGCUAAUAGAGAGGCAAGGGAAGCUCGAAGAAAAGCCAUUCAAGAAAUGAGUGAGGAAGCUAGAGCUGCAUUUGAGAAUAUGAGAUUUUAUAAGUUCUACCCUGUGCAAAGUCCAGAUGCACCUGAUGUAUCUAAUGUUAAGUCUCCAUUCAUAAACAGGUAUUAUGGAAAGGCUCAUGAGGUUCUGUAAUUGGAUUCAAGACGAUGCCAACUUCGUCUGCAGGCUUGUUUUACCUGACACUAAGGAUUUAGUCAUCUAUGACGUUCAGAAGGCAACCUCCUGGUGCCUUGUUAGAAGUGUAGGUGUCUGAAGGAACAUACCAUGUAAAAUUAAGCUCAGAAAUCCCAGAGAAGUGAAUUAGAUAGGAGGAAUAUAUGGGUCGGGUUUCUGAUUUCCAAUCUGUGGAGAAUAGCCGAAGUUCAGGAGCUUUAAUUGGUGUGGCUCUUGCUUGUCUUGGUUUCAAAUUUCAGAUUCUUUGUCCAUUCUAAGUUGUACGGCAAGGUUUGACUAUAAGCUAAAUGAAAAUAGAUAGUUGUCCUUUUAACAUCCAAGAACGAAAAUAUAUUUGUUGAAAGGACAAUUUUGUUGAAUUCCUUGAAUGAUGCAUUUAACUAUUAUUUCUGUUGAGGUUGUGUUAUGCCACGAGUCUUUUUUUUUUUGUUUGCAAAUCCCCUUCAUAACGAGAAAAAAGAUUGCAGGGAACAGUUGUUGAUGCUCCCAGAAGAAGGGUUGUGGGAGAUGAUAUGGCCACGGGUGUCAUGCUGCUAGUAACAAAUAUGGUGUCACCAAACUGACCAAACUACCAAGGUUGGUUAUGGUAGGAGAGAGAAAUUGUGAUAGUGCUGUGCAUCUUAACUUUUUAUUUUUGUUGUUGGGAAAAAAUGUACACUAUCUAAUGGUGAUACAUCAAACACUCGUACCGGUAAGUUGUAAUGAACGUCUGCUUAAAUUGAAAAUCUAACAUUUUGUAAGUUCAUCUUAA